ACGGGGAGAGAAAAUCACGCAUAAAAUCCACAAUUAUUCAUGCGUGGUUCCUCUCGAAAGCAAGAAAACAUUAUAAUAUUUUCUUGGUUAUUUCAAUUUUCAAGUGAAGACGUGUCCUUCAAAUAUGCUCUUUCCAGUACUAUAUAGCCAAUCAGCCAUUAAGUAAAGCUGUUUGUAUACACAAAGCUUCUGCUACUAGCCCUUGAUUUUCAAUCUUCUGGGACACACUUUUUGCUGGGUUUCUGAAGGAGUUUUAUUUGUUCUGUCACACGGGGACAUUACUUGUCAACAUAAAAGAAGAGUACACAUACUCCAAGACUUUAUAGGAAGUUGUUUCAACUCGCCUUUUGAUGGAGUACUUGUCAGCUUUUGAAGGAAAUUCAUAUUAUGGAAUUGUUGCAGCUUGUUUUGUUGUACUUGUAACCCUAGUGUCAACUGUAUAUAUGGGGAAAAUGAAGACAAAGAGAAGAGGCAUUGAAGAUCAAGUUGGCGGUGAACCAGGUUAUGCUAUGCGCAAUGCUCGAAAAUCUGAAUUACUCGAAGUACCUUCUGAAGGAGCAACAACUAUGGCAGCUCUAUUUGAGCAAUCUUGUAAGAAACAUUCGCAAUUACAGUGUCUAGGAACAAGAAAGGUAAUCAGUAAGGAAUUUAUUGAAGAUGGUAAGGGCAGGAAGUUUGAGAAGCUGCAUCUUGGGGAGUAUCAGUGGGAAACCUACGGGGAAAUAUAUGAUCGUGUGUGUAGCUUCGCUUCUGGACUUGUUAAACUUGGUCAUGAUGUAAACACUCGUGCUGCUAUCUUCUCCGAUAGUCGUCCGGAAUGGCUCAUAUCACUGCAGGGCUGCUUCCGGCAAAAUUUAACUGUUGUCACCAUCUAUGCUUCUUUAGGUGAAGAAGCUCUUAUUCACUCACUUAAUGAGACUCAAGUAUCGACAUUGAUCUGUGAUUACAAGCUAUUGAAAAAGUUGUCUGCUGUUUAUUCGAGGCUACAAACAGUAAAGAACAUAAUUUAUUUUGAUGAUGGUGAGGCUGCAGUUGAUUCUAAUCUUUCUAAUGAUAUGAGCAAUUGGGUGAUUACACCUUUUUCAGAAGUUGAGAAACUUGGUAAGAACAGUCCUGUAUCAUCUCAACUACCAGUUAAGACAGAUAUUGCAGUCAUAAUGUAUACAAGUGGAAGCACAGGUCUGCCAAAGGGAGUUAUGAUGGCCCAUAAAAAUCUUGUCGCAAGUGCUGCUGCAGUUUUGACAGUCAUCCCGAACAUUGGAAGCAGUGACGUCUAUUUGGCAUACUUGCCGCUAGCUCAUGUAUUGGAGUUGGUAGCUGAGACCGUGAUGAUCUGUGCUGGCAUGCGAAUUGGUUAUGGGUCAACUUUGACUUUAACAGACUCGUCUAACAAAAUAAAGAAAGGAACCAAGGGAGAUGCUUCUGUGCUAAAGCCUACUCUAAUGGCAACAGUUCCAGCCAUUUUAGAUCGAGUUCGAGAUGGAGUUUUGAAGAAGGUUGCAGAUACGGGAGGUCUUGCAGAAAAACUAUUCAACUUUGCUUAUGGCCGCCGGUAUACCGCUAUGGAAGGUAGCUGGUUUGGAGCUUGGGGAAUUGAGGCUCUUUUGUGGGAUCUCGUCAUUUUCAAUAAGGUAAAGUCUAUUCUUGGUGGAGACAUCCGUGCUAUGCUAUGUGGUGGAGCCCCUUUAUCUGGUGAUACACAACGAUUUGUCAACAUCUGUGUAGGGGCUCCUGUUGUUCAAGCAUAUGGUUUGACAGAAACUUGUGCCGGAGGUGCAUUUUCUGAUUUCAGUGACACUUCAGUUGGGCGAGUUGGGCCGCCACUUCCUUGCUGCUAUCUCAAGCUUGUUUCUUGGAAAGAGGGCGGUUAUUUGACUACUGACAAACCCAUGCCAAGGGGAGAGAUUGUAGUUGGUGGAAGUUGUGUAACCAAUGGCUACUUUAACAAUAAAUAUAAAACAGAUGAGGUUUACAAGGUUGAUGAGAAUGGCAUGCGUUGGUUCUACACUGGCGACAUCGGAAGGUUUCAUCCUGAUGGAUGUCUUGAAAUUGUUGAUAGGAAGAAGGAUAUUGUUAAACUUCAACACGGGGAGUAUAUUUCUCUUGGAAAGAUUGAGGCAGCCUUGAUGGCUAGUAACUAUGUUGUAAAUGUGAUGGUAUAUGCGGAUCCCUUGCAAACUUCUUGUGUGGCUCUAGUUGUUCCCUCGCGUCAGGUCCUCGAGAAAUGGGCCCAGCAAGCUGGCAUUGAGUUCAAGGAUUUCUCUGAGUUGUGUGACAAAAAUGAAGCUGUGGCUGAAGUUCAGCAGUCCCUUGCCAAGGAAGCUAAAGCUGCAAACUUGGACAAGUUUGAACUCCCGGCAAAAAUCAAAUUAUUGCCGGAUCCAUGGACGCCGGAGUCUGGAUUGGUAACAGCUGCUCUCAAGUUGAAGAGGGAAGCAGUGAAGGCCAAGUUUAAAGAUGAGCUCGAAAAGUUAUACAAGUGAAGCCACUGAGUUUGAGCAUGAGCUCAAAUAUUUAGACCAGUGAAGCAACUGUCUGAUAUAUAUGUCUGGUUGCUUCGAAUCUGAUCGUUAUAUUCCACUAAUUCCAAGUUCCCUUGGACCCUUGCUUUCUGCAUGCUUCCUUGUGAAGCAGCAAGAUUUGAAUCUUCAUUAGUACCAGCACUUCUCCAACUUGCUCUGUAUUGUAUUAAGUUAAUUUGCAAAUUCUAGAAAUUUUGAAUCAUAUGGAGCAAUGAAAUCUUCGAACUUCUUAUAGGGAUCCUA